CUCAUUCUCGACUUGCGCAAAGUCAAUACCUACCUCGACAUCCCCAAGUUCAAGUACGAAGGCUUGAACAGGGUCGCCGAGCUCAUUUGCACAGGCGAUUGGAUGUUCUCCAUUGACCUAAAGUCAGGAUACCACCAUGUCGAGAUCCACCACUCGUGCUGGAAGUUCUUGGGAUUUUUGUUUCAAGGAGUUUACUAUUCCUUCAGAUCGCUCCCGUUUGGGCUUGCCACUGCCCCGUUCGUCUUCACAGAACUGAUCAAACAACUGGCAAAGCGAUGGCGGGCAAGCGGCAUGCGGGUUGUUCCAUAUGUCGACGACUUACUAUUCCUCUACAACUCCCAUUCGCUUGCACGCUCGACCUCCGCAGCAGUCGUGCAGGACCUGAAGGCAGCAUGCUUUGUUAUGAAUGGGAAAAGACCCUGAAUUUUUUUUGUCCUGAUCAU